CAGAUGGGAUCUGGACUCCCCAAGACAUGGAGACCUAUCCAGACCCAGAACUACUCAACUACAUUGAUGAGCUGUGUGCCCAGGAGGACUUCACUGAUAAGGUGGAGGCCAUCAUUCACCCUCGAUUCCUAGCAGAACUGCUUUCCCCUGAUGCACAGCUGGAUCUCAUGGCCCUGGUGGAGGAGUUGGAGAAGGAGGAAGUGCUGACUGCUGAGCAGGUGGUGGAGAAGCCCCUUUCCCUCUUGAGUGAGGAUUGGGCUGUGGGGGCAACCGCCACUCAGCAAGCACUCUUACUGGACACCAUUCCUGAGGCUGUCACCUGCCAAGGUGCACAGAGUGAAGACUGUGCCCAGCCAAAUGCAGUCAGUGCUGACAUCGACUCACAACAGGUCUCUUCCCAGCAUCUGCAGAGAUGUGCUGUCUUAGGCAACAGGCCUAAGGAGGCUGCAGGCUUUGCUGGGCAUCAGGAGUAUCUUUUCCCAGGGACUUUCAAAACUCCAUCCACACAAGGCCACCAUGUCCCUGCCCCAAGAUGCCCCAAGCCUGCAGGAAGCUUCAGAGCACAAUCAUCUGUUGAGAACCCACAACCACCAGUGGGCCUCUCCACGAACAACGAGGAUGAGCUCCCCAGCCUGGCCUUCUUCCUGAACUCCCAGCUUCACCUGCUGCCUUUGGAUCUUGACCAGAGCCCCGUCUGCCCAGCGCACGAGCCUCUCUCUAGCCAGGGAAGGGGCCUCAGUUGUGUUGUCCCUAAAACUCGCAAAUCCAAAAAGCGAGUUCAUCAGGGAGGCCCGGUUCCUGCGACCAAGAAGACUCGCUCAGGCUCUGGGCUUGGAGCCCUUGGCGGGCAGGCCCUGGCUCUCGGUCGUAUUGGAAAGAGCCAGGCUCAAAAGAGGAGCCAUGAUCCCAUGGUCAGCAGGAGGAAGAAGAGGCAGCGUUAAGGCAAGAGGGGUACAUGGACAUUACCAUGCAGCCUCUCUAGGUGCAGUCUGCAGAAUAUGGACUUUCCCGUGUCCUGCACUCCAA